CCUACUAACCUCCAUUGCAACAUGGCUGCAGUACGAGCGGAAGUCGUUACCAAAGAAGUCUUCGAUCUGUAUAGAAAAUACGGAGAUCAAGACUACAUCGGUGAACCAGUAUCUCAAAAAGAACAUAUGAUUCAGUGUGCCAUGCUUGCCGAAAAGGAAGGGUAUUCGGACGAGGUAGUGUUAGGGGUUUUCCUUCACGAUAUUGGUCAUCUGAUCGGCUUCCACAAAGCUCUUCCUUGCAUGGGAGACGUUGGAACUCAAGCUCACGAAAUCGUCGGGGAACAGUUUCUGAAAGAUCUCGGAUUCCCAGACAGUGUGACAAGUUUUGUUCGGGGUCAUGUUGACGCCAAAAGAUAUCUCGUCUACAAAUACCCACAUUAUCACUCUGAGCUGUCUGAGGCAAGUAAACUCACGCUGAUCUAUCAAGGAGGACCAAUGAAAGCAGAGGAAGCUCAGAAGUUUGAGGAGCUGAAACAUUUUGAGGCUUUGAUCAAGAUGAGAAAUUGGGACGAUCUUGGCAAAGUAAAAGGCGCACCCAUUGACUCACUUGAUAAAUAUGAGAAGAUGUGUAGAAAGUUCUUGGGAACAGUUUUCACUGAAUAAUCGAUAAUAAAUCAUUACUUAAUUUC